AUGCCUAUGAUCAAAGAUCUUGAAGAGGUAAUGGAAUUGGUCUUUGGAAGAAUUCUCUUGGAAGCUGCAAUUUGCUCCAAGUAUCAUGUGGUCAAGUCAAUGGAGUUCCAUUUGUGGAAUUCUUGUCUUCCAUCAGACAUAGACAUCUGGAGCCAUGAUGGUCCUGCUCAACUAGGCAGUGAGGCUGUCACUUCAUUCACAUCAGAACAUGAAGCCAUAGUGGAGGGGGAUGCUGCACUUGACCAAUUUUACCAUACCUACCCCUCUGUCUAG